AUGGGAAUAAUCGAGGAGCUGGAAGAGAACAAGAGUUUUGACGAGGCUCAAUCCGUCAGUGAAGUAUUCGAGGAGGAAGAAAUGAGAGAGGAAAAUGAGUCGGACUUGUUGGAUCAAGAUGCAGAAAAGGAAGAUCAGCAAAGAGAGGAAGGAGAAGAGGAUUCAAUGGAUAGUUACACACAAAUAGUAAUGAAAUUGUACAACGAAUACGUCAAAGAAUGUAAGGAACCAGAAGCCAUGGAGGAGGUACCACGAAAGGCGAUAGAGAUGGCGUUAAAAGAAACGCAAGAAGAGUAUGAAAUGCAUGUCAUGGAAGGUGUAGAAGAGCAAGGAAAUGAAGUAGAAUUUGUAACAGUAGUAGACGGAUUUCAAGAAUCUCUUGAAAAGUUUGUGAAAUAUGGGAAAACUGACAGAAAAUGGUCGUACAUGCGCCGCUCAAUCAUCGCUUAUUUCAAGGUGGAUCAACUCUUUUCCUAA